AGGUUGUCACCUUCAAUUAGAAUGAUUGGAUACUAUAAUCUCAAAUGGCUCAUGCACUAAUUACACUGUUACAGCAUUAGAUAGAAUAUUUCAGAAGACUUGGUCUUCACUUGAAGAAAUAAGGAAAUUUUACUGUGGAAAAUCAUGUCGGCAGCUUGGCGUUGCACAGCCUUGCACUCUCGAGUUACUACAGGAUUUUUGGAGUAUUCUGGCAUAAAAACGAUACUUCCAUUAUUGGGAAAAACCACACAAUAUAAAAAUGAUUGCAAUCAAAAUUCUUCAACGAUACCGAAGAGAAAGUUCCAUUGCAGUAAUAAAUGUUAUUUUGGACCCAAAAAGAAAUUAAUAGUGAAACGUAAAGCUCCCACUAAAGAAGUUAAUAAGCUAUUGAAAACACCUGUAGACGAUGUCUAUUUAGCAGAUCUUUAUGAACCAAAGUUUUAUGAUAUUUUAGAAGCGAUUACAACCUUGAAAAGAUAUACAGAGCUGGAUUUUUCUGACCCUGAUUCAAUUGUUAAGCUCAAUAUGCAACUUCACCCCGCCCCCAUGAAAAAGGGUCGGCAUCAGCAGAUAUUUUCAGUUGUUGAACUGCCAAAUGAAUUUGAAUACGAUAACAAAAUAUGUGUCUUCACAGAGAAUGUUGACAUUAUCACAGAAGCAUUGCAAGAAGGCGCAAGCCGAGCUGGUGGCGAUGAUAUAAUACAAGAAAUAAGUUUCGGAAAUUUAAAGUUUGAUGCUUUUGUUACAACGUUAGAGUUUCAUAAGUCAAAGUUAUUUGGAAAUAAAGAAGCCACAAAAGCUAUUGGAAAAUUGAUGCCGAAAAGACACAGUGGAAUUACUGAAGAUAUUAUUGGAAAACUGCAGGAGUUUAAGACCGGUACGAUUAUUACAAAUUUAAGCAAAUCAGAAAAUGAGUCGUCAGUUGUAGUCGGUCGGAUUAACCAAAGUGCAGAAGAAUUAACAGAAAAUUUUGAAUUUGUAAUGGAGCUUAUAAGAGGAAACCAGAAUCCAAAACAUCCCCCAAUCAUAAAAAAUGCUCAAUUAAAUUGCUGUGAAGAACAUUUGCCACUAAAUAUUGUUAUUGAUUCGGAUUUAGACUGAUUUUUUGUUUGAAUUUGAAAUGAUUGCGAAAACGGUUUAUCUGACGCAGGAAGGACCUUUGAAAAGUUCCAUCUGGCUGGGAUUGACAUCGGAUUCCUGUUACAUUGAGAAUCUACAAGUAUAUUUCUGGAAUAUUCGAAAUUUUGAGUCGUCAGACUUUUAGAAAUCUAGAAUUACUAUUCUUGGCAGCCACUAACGAGAAUAAUAGUAUAUCACUGCUUCACCAAACAACACUAGUUUUAGUUUGGUUGAAGCAGCAGCUUAUACUAAAUUCCCCUGAUUCCCUGAGAGACGUCAUUCAAGUGAUUGAAUACUGAUGUGUAAAAUAUGUUACUCAGCAUGUGCCCUUGGCAAUUAAAUCUGAUGUAUCAAAGCACCAAGUCUUAUCAUACUGUAUUUCUCGAACGUGUUUGCUAAUUGCGACUCAAAUGCUUUCCUUAGAAGUUACCUUGUUUGAAUUUUAUAAUCCACAUUGAAGGGUUGCAGAGAAAAAUUAUUUAUUUUCGGGUUCUCGCAAACUAUUGCUCAAAGAAUUUGUGAAAAAAUAAAUACUUUUUAUAAUUGUU